UAUAAAAGAAAGUCUCUGUACAUCUCUGAGCAUUACCAGGCAAACAAAUAUGCACCAAGCUGAACCUCAAGGAAAGUUCUGGAAAAUUGGUUCCAGGCACAUCUUUCAUCUGAUUAUUAUGUUUAAGCCUGCAAGAGAGUUAUACUGAAACCUAUGAGGAAGGAAUACAGUUCUGCAUUCAUACUUGGACAUAUCCAACAUUUUUUAUCCCUUCAAAGAUCUUAUGAAUUAGAUCAUUCUUUCCCUCAAAUUUACAAAAGAAGAAAUGAGACUAGAAACAGUCCCAAUGGAAGCAGAAACCAAAAAAUGAGAAAAUUCCAAAAAAAGAAAGAAGAAUUUCAGCCUGGGUUUAAUCCAUUUAUGUGCUGUAAAGAGGGUAGAAUAUUUUCCAAGAAUUAUUGAUCCCAACUCUCAACCAUUUUAUUGUGCCCCCACUUAUAAACAGAUGUUGUAGAAAUCUUUGGGGCAAAACCUGUUUUCUGAAUGAAAUGUCCCCUCCACUGAUUUAAGUAAGUGCGGGUCCUAGAGCUAUUAGCUCCAUAAGAAUUAUGGCUUUUUCAGCCCACAGGAAUAAUCUUUUUUUGAUUGGUCUGUUAAGCUUCUGUGUUGAUAGUUCUGUGUGCAGUGAAAAAAAUAAUACACUUUUUUUUACCAAAGAAAAUACAAUUCGAAAGUGCAUGUGCCCUGAUAGUAUUAAUGACUGUGAUUAUAGCUUAGCAAAUCUAAUUUGUAACUGUAUGACUGUUUUGCCCUACACAGCAGACAAAACCUACUAUAAUAAUUUGGUAAUUUGGUUCACUGAAACUAAUAUGUUGAGAAUCCUGUUAAAAGUUACAUCAGUGCACAAUCUAAAACUCUCACUUUGUGGCACUAUUCCUUUGACAACAAAAUAUUUGACCAUUUGGGGAUUACAAAAAUUACAGAUAAGAAGCGAGAAUAAUGGCCAAUUAAAACAGCAAAGUUUAACAAUCUCUACUAGCUGUGACAAUGGAGCCCAAAACAAGUUGAUAUCAUACAAAGACAAAAGCAUGAUUACUCAUGUUGCUGUUUUAGACACAUCUCUUUUCAAUGACAGUGGCCCAUUGAAAGCAUACAGUGUAGAAAAUAUUUCUAACAUUUCAAACCAGUUUCCAUAUUUGGACAAUUUUUUUAUUCCAAGUAACAAAAGUUGUAUCAUAACAUUCAUUUAUUAAAACACAACUCUUGGCCAUUUCUAUAAUGUAAACAUUAUAAAUUGGGUCAUCCUGAGAUAUUGUAGAAAGUAAACUUCUGUUGCUCUUUAUAUUACAAAUAACAACAACAACAACAGGGAGUUGAAUAAACUUUAGUCCUAAUAGCUCCUAUUUCAAUAUAAUUUACAGAAUGCUAUAGAAUAUUCCAGCUUAAUUCAAUCCCAGAAUCAAGCCUUUAACUCUGAUAAACAA